AUGAAUUGCUCUGAUCAUCCAUAAAAUCCAAUAACAGUAAUUUGUGUAGCAAAGCAUGAAUGCUAAAGAAAGCUAUGUGCAUAGUGUGCAUAUGAACAUAAUGUUGAGCUUCAAUAAUUAUUACCUAUUAUGUUAUUUUAAGAUCAACUCUAAAAUAAGUUGAAAGAAUUUAAACUUGAAGAUAAGAAAUAAUUGGAUUAAUCAAGACUGAGUUUUAAAUCUCUGUUGAGUGAAACUGAAAAAAUGCUAUAAACAUUGUGGGCAAAAUUUUAUUCAUCAAUCAAUUAUUUAUGA